AUGGCAGGAAGCAAGAAGAAAUCCACCGCCUCGUCCAGAUUCUACUCCACUAUAAACUCAAUAUGGCAGGACAAGCAUUUAAUACUGUUCAAACCGGAGUACACGCUGCUCAUCACAUCGCUGCUCUGGUGCCUCGAAAUCGGAAUCAACGUGUGGGUCAUUCAAAAAGUACCCUAUACAGAGAUUGACUGGAAAGCCUACAUGGAUGAGGUGAAGGGCGUCAUUAAUGGCACCUACGACUACACGCAGCUGAAGGGGGACACGGGACCUCUGGUGUACCCAGCAGGCUUUGUGUACAUUUUCACCUUUCUUUACUAUAUUACUGACCAUGGAUUGAAUAUCAGAUUGGCACAGUAUGUGUUUGCUGGUUUUUACCUCAUCACCCUCUUGCUGGUUUUCCGCAUCUAUCAUCGUACCAAAAAGGUUCCACCCUAUGUCUUCUUUUUUGUGUGCUGUGCAUCAUAUCGGAUCCACUCCAUCUUUGUGCUGCGUCUCUUUAAUGACCCUGUGGCCAUGAUGCUGCUGUUCGGGGCAGUUAAUCUCUUUUUGGAUGGCCACUGGACACUGGGCUGUGCCCUCUACAGUCUAGCUGUAUCAGUAAAGAUGAAUGUGAUGCUCUUCUCUCCUGGACUCCUUUUCAUUCUCCUCUCCGAGUUUGGACUGGUGAAAACUCUGCCCAGGCUCAUGCUUUGUGCAGUAAUCCAGCUUUUGCUAGGUUUGCCCUUCCUGUUGGUGAAUCCUUUAGGCUACAUGAGCCGGGCGUUUGAUCUGGGUCGACAGUUCCUGUUUAAGUGGACAGUGAACUGGCGCUUCCUGCCGGAGGACAUCUUCCUUAACAGGCACUUCCACUUGGCUCUGUUGCUUGCUCACAUUACCACACUUGUCUUUUUUGCUGUGAGAAGAUGGAAGAGGUCGAAAGGCAGUGUUUGGGCUUUGUUGAAAGAGCCAUCUGAGAGGAAGGAGGGUGCACAGAAGCUUAAUGCUGAUCAGAUGGUUCUCAUCCUAUUUACUUCUAAUUUUAUCGGGAUGUGUUUCUGCCGCUCGCUGCAUUACCAGUUCUACGUCUGGUAUUUCCACACUCUUCCCUAUCUGCUGUGGAGUGGUGGUGUCAAAAAGCUUGCCCACCUGCUAAGGGUGUUGAUUCUGGGGCUGAUUGAGCUUUCAUGGAACACGUAUCCUUCCACCACCUACAGCUCUCUGUCCCUGCACGUCUGCCACCUCAUCAUCCUGCUGUGUCUGUAUAUAAAUCCCACCCCGUCUCCUGCAGCCUCGGCCCCCAACUCCCACAAGGCCAAGCGCCAGUAACGGUGCACUGUGUGUGGGAUGAUCUGUGAAGUGAAGGAGGGGGACCAUGCGCACUGUUGGUGAUUUAGUUGGUGAACUGUAAAGAUGAGAGUUUAUGACUAUGUGCCAAGUAUAGAGAGGGUUAGUUUUUUUUAGGAUUUUAAAGAAGUGUGAUUAGUAUUGGUCAUGGAAAAUGUGAAUGGAGGGUGGGAAGCUGAAGUUUUAAGCAGGAACAAUGUCUCAUGAUGUUUACUUGGCAGUGUUCGCCUGUAAUAGUGUAGAUCUGAUGACCUAUGGAGUUUCGUCUUAAGCCAGAUCCUGCACGUCAUCACAACUGAAGUUCCAUCCACCUGAUUUAUUAAAAAAAAAAAAAAAAAACACAAAAAAAAAAACACCUCUUGUGUGGAACAUUUGGCCUGUUGAUCAAGAGCAACUGAGUUUUGCAAACCAUCGCAGCAAUCAAGCCAAGCAGCUACAAUUACAGUGUUUAGCAGAUACUUUUAUUCAAAGCGAUGUACAAUUGUUACUGAAUGCAUUUUAAGCAAUUAAGGAUUAAGGGCCUUACUCAGGGACCCAACAGUGGGAACUUGGUGUAGCUUGAACCAGCCAUCAUUUUUUUUUUUUUUGUCCAGUACCUUAAUCAUUGAGCUAAAACUGUCACAUUAAAGCUCUUCUGGUAAGCAUGUAUUCA